AUGAGGGAGCUGGACUUGGCGAGUGGGGUUUUCCCCGCCCGCGGUGCCCCUCUGCGCCUCCUUGCUGGGCAGGUAACUCACUAUAAACAAUAUCCACCCAAUACAAGCAAAGUUUAUUCCUACUUCGAAUGCCGUGAAAAGAAAACAGAAAACUCCAAAGUAAGGAAGGUGAAAUACGAGGAAACAGUAUUUUAUGGGUUGCAGUACAUUCUUAAUAAGUACUUAAAAGGAAAAGUAGUAACCAAAGAGAAAAUCCAAGAAGCCAAAGAGGUCUAUAAAGAACAUUUCCAAGAUGAUGUCUUCAAUGAAAAGGGUUGGAACUACAUUCUUGAGAAAUAUGACGGACACCUUCCAAUAGAAGUGAAAGCAGUCCCUGAGGGCUCUGUCAUUCCCAGAGGAAAUGUUCUCUUCACCGUAGAAAACACAGACCCAGAGUGCUACUGGCUCACAAAUUGGAUUGAGACUAUACUUGUGCAGUCUUGGUAUCCAAUCACAGUGGCCACAAAUUCAAGGGAACAGAAGAAAAUAUUGGCUAAAUACCUGUUAGAAACAUCUGGAAACUUAAACGGUCUAGAAUAUAAGUUACAUGAUUUUGGCUACAGAGGAGUCUCUUCGCAAGAGACUGCUGGUAUUGGAGCUUCCGCUCAUUUGGUUAAUUUCAAAGGAACAGAUACAGUAGCGGGAAUUGCUUUAAUUAAAAAAUACUAUGGAACAAAAGAUCCUGUUCCAGGUUAUUCUGUUCCAGCAGCGGAACACAGUACCAUAACAGCUUGGGGGAAAGACCAUGAAAAGGAUGCGUUUGAACAUAUAGUAACACAGUUUUCAUCAGUGCCUGUAUCGGUGGUCAGUGAUAGCUAUGACAUAUAUAAUGCAUGUGAGAAAAUAUGGGGUGAAGAUCUAAGACAUUUAAUAGUAUCAAGAAGUACAGAAGCACCACUAAUAAUCAGACCUGACUCUGGAAAUCCUCUUGACACUGUAUUAAAGGUUUUGGAUAUUUUAGGUAAGAAGUUCCCUGUUACAGAGAACUCAAAGGGCUACAAGUUGCUGCCACCUUACCUUAGAGUUAUUCAAGGGGAUGGAGUAGAUAUUAAUACCUUACAAGAGAUUGUAGAAGGCAUGAAACAAAAACAGUGGAGUAUUGAGAAUGUUUUCUUCGGUUCUGGCGGAGCUUUGCUACAAAAGUUAACAAGAGAUCUCUUAAAUUGUUCCUUCAAGUGUAGUUACGUGGUGACCAACGGCCUUGGGAUUAAUGUAUUCAAAGAUCCAGUUGCUGAUCCCAACAAAAGGUCCAAAAAAGGUCGAUUAUCUUUACAUAGGACACCAGCAGGGAAUUUUGUUACCCUUGAAGAAGGAAAAGGAGACCUUGAAGAAUACGGUCAAGAUCUUCUUCAUACUGUCUUCAAGAAUGGGAAAGUGACGAAAAGCUAUUCAUUUGAUGAAGUGAGAAAAAAUGCAAACCUGAAUAUUGAACUGGAAGCAGCCCCUCAUUAGACUUUGUUUUAUGGCUGCGUGUGUGUAUGGGUGUGUACAUGUGUGUAUGUGCACACACAUGUAUAUACACCUGUGUGUGUGUAAUACAUAGGUAACGUUUAUUGUACAGCUAUGUGGAUUGCCUUGUGUUUUAUGAUACAUUACAGCCAAAUUAUUUGUUGGUUUAUGGACAUACUGCCCUUUCAUUUUUCCUUUUUUCCAGUAUUUAGGUGAUCUCAAAUUAGGAAACGCACUUCACGAUGUAAAAGAUUAAUGCUAAAAUAAGCUUUUUAGGGCCCUUUGCCAAUAGAUAGUAAUUCAAUCUGGUAUUGAUCUUUUCACAAAUAACAGAACCAAGAAUCUUUUAUAUAUAAAUGAAGAUCACAUAAAACAGAUUUGCAUAAAAUUAUCAUGAUUGCUUUAUGUUUGUAUUUAACUUGUAUUUUUGUACAAACAAGAUUGUGUAAGAUAUAUUUAAAGUUUCAGUGAUUUAACACUCUUUCCAACUUUUCAUGAUUUUUAUGAGCACACACUUUCAAGAAAAUACUUGAAAAUAAAUUACAUUGCCUUUUGUCCAUUAAUCAGCAAAUAAAACAUGGCCUUAACAAAGUUGUUUGUGUUCUUGUACAAUUUGAGAAUUAUAUCAGGACACACCCUAUAGAAUUACUAACCUCACUGCCCCGUGUAGAGUAUGUGUUAGUCAUUCUACAUUCAACAAAAUAAUGGUUCUUACUGGAAUGUUUAGGCACUGUACAUUGAUUCUAUACCGUGGUUAUUGUACCAGUGAAAUGCCAAAUUUGAAAGGCCUGUACUGCAAUUUUAUAUGUCAGAUAUUGCCAGUGGCUCUAAUAAGCACCUCAAGAUUUUAAGGAGAUAAUGUUUUUAGAGAGAAUUUCUGCUUCCACUAUAGAAUAUAUACAUAAAUGUAAAAUAUUAACAAAAGUGGAAGUGGUGUAUUUUAAAGUAACUACACUUCUGAAUUUAUUUUUCAUAUCCUAUAGUUGAUAUUACUUCAAUGAAUUACUGGAGUUGCUAGUGAGUGUACUUAUUUCAAAUGUUUUGAUUCUGUUAUAUUUUUCAUUGAGUUUUAAAAAAAUUAAAUUGAAUAUUAAAUUGUAUGGGCAUCAUUUAUUAAUUCUAAAUAGACUCCCUCAAAUAAUGUUUUUUUAUGAUGAUAAAUUACCCUAUGGAAAACAUAGAAACAUAUGAGUAACAAUAGCAGAACCUUAAACCAGAAAGUCAGAUAAAGUCAGCGUCAGAAUAUCUAAAGUGUUUGACUGCCACCUACCACCUCUGAUUAGACACUUUCUUCCCCAGGACAUUUCUUUUUUGAUUCCCAGUAGGUCUUCUAAGGCAGGGCUUGACAAACUAACCCACAAGCCAAAUCAGACUAGUGCCUGUUUUGUAAAUGUGCAUUGCCUGUGAGUGCUGUCCAUUAUAACACAACAUUAAAAUCCAAUUCAGAAAUUAUAUGGCCCACAAAGCCUUAUAUACCUGGCCCUUGAUAGAAGUUUGCUGACUUAAGUGUUGGGACCGCUGACCACACGGCGAUCGAAGUCUAUCAGCUGCUGCAAGUUAGGAAAAUAAAGCUCUUCUGCACCUCUGGAACCCUGUAGAGGGUUGUUAGAGACAUUGAUGAGAAGUGGGCUUGGGGGUUGCUUCUUUAGAAAGGAGUGUGCCUUGAAUGAAAUGUAAUGUUGGUUUACAAGGAAGAGCGGACUAAAUUGAUAAGGAAUUUUCCUUGCUCCUACCCUUUUCUCAUUUAGGAAUUUAAUUGGUAAAUUGAUUUAGAAAAGCUUUAUUAAAAACAUAACAUUAAAUUAAAAAUUGAAAAGCCACAAGUGAUUUGUCUUAAACGAUUAUGAGGAAAUAUUCUAUCACUAGUAUAACUUAGAGGUAAAUUAUCUUUAUUAAAUUAUCUUUUAUAAGAGGCAGUAGAAUAGAAGUUUUUGCAAAUGAUGAGAAUUUUGUGUCUAGUGAGAACAGUCGGCAUUCAUGCUCAGUGAGUAUUCACCCUGUAAUCCUUGGACAUGAAUAUUUGAAGAUGAUUUUUUUUAAUGUAUUUAAGUAAAAAUUAGUAGUAUUAAGAACACAUUCACAAUGUGCUAAGGGGUUUGUCAUAGAGAAUUAAAAGAAACUAUAUUUAUUACCUAUAACAAUUUUGAUAGCCAUCCAUGAUUUUGUAUUGUUAAACAUUAGAAUUACACUACAGAGAUUAUUUACAUUCUGUGAAUUUCAGGAGGUUCAGAAUAUUUGGAGGAGUUAUACUUUGAAACUUUAGUGGAUGAUGAAAGUUGCACAUUUGUGCAUGUCUGUAGAUUGGGGUAGGAGGUGGCGUGAUUAAAUGCUCUUAGGCCACGUGGUACCGAUUUAUCCUGAAUGCCUGCCACCAGGCUAAUGGUAAGCACCCCCAGUACUGAGCACCAAAUAUUUAACCUGGAUGUGUCAAAUAGAAACUUUAAAUUAACCAAACUCUCCCAAGCAAAUGCAAAUACCAUGUAUGGUUUGCUUAAGUCAUUAGAUUUAUAGUUGACAUAUUGAUUUACCCCCUCAAUUCAUAACAAAGUAUUUUUGUUUUUAAUAGUUUUUUUGUCAAAGACUCAAACGAUGUGUUCUCUCUACUUAAAAAUGGCUUUUAUCAUAUUUAAUUUCAUAAACUAUUAAACUUUUAUAAUGAAAUGCAUCUUGGAAAAUUAGGAGGAAAUGACAGGCUAUUUAUUGUUGGUUGGUACCAUAAUUUAAAACUCACACUUAAAUAUUUUGUAGUUUUACAUUCCUUUUUUAAUCCAUUCAGAGGAGAACAUUAGUUUUCUCCCAAGUCGUAUGUCAAACCAAUUCUAAUGUGUACUCAAAAUCAAAGGUAAACAUGUAAUAAACAUGAAAAUAAAGUAUAGCUGGAUUAGUGAAACAUUAAA